CAGAGCGCCCGUUAUAAAAGCGCACCUUCCCGACUUGUUCAGGAAGCGGCCGGAGUCUAAACUCCGUCCUGCAGUGACCCAGAAAGCGUCAUGCGGCUAUUGCUGGGGAUUGCAGCCCUUGCGGCUGUGACCGUGUCCGUCACCUUUGGAAAUGGGUACGAAAUUGGACGUGAGUAUGUCUAUGACUACUACGGACACUUGCACACAUUCAUGCCGGGAAUGAGUCAACAAGACUCUGGUGUCGUCCUGAAGAGCAAGAUCUUGGUCCAGCCCAAGAGGGACUACCUCAUUUUCAAGGUGAUUGACAUGAAGUUCGACAGGGUUCACAAGGAUGUGGAGGAUUUCGUCGAGCACCCGUUCAACUACAGGACAAUCGACGAGCUCGGUCGCUUCAUAGAGAAGCCCUUCACUGCCCGGUACGAUCAGGGAAAGAUCUUGAACAUCCAAGUGACCCGAGGUGAACCAAUCUGGUCCGUGAACAUGAAGAAAGCCAUCGUCAGCCUCUUCAACCUCGACCUGGAAGCGAUAAACCCCAUCUUGCCCAGAGAUGAAGCUUUCUACUCAGACUGUGAUCGUGGCAACUGCGUCGGUGGCAUGCGCACUGAGCUUCCAGGGAUGUACCGCAUUUACGAGGAUGGCAUCUACGGUGAGUGCGAGACCAUCUAUGACAUCCAGAAGACCGUGAACCCUGAGAACCCGUUCGCCAACGUCUUGAAUGUGACCAAGAUCAAGAACUACAAAAAGUGCCGCAAUACGCCACAAGUCUUCUUUAAAAUCAGCCAUGGCACGCGAUGCGUUGACUGCGCCGGCGAUGAGACCCACCCGCUGACAUCCAACGCUGCCUACCACUACGACAUCCGAGGAACAAGGCACAACUUCGUCAUUGAGAACAUCAUCGCUGACGGCGAGAUAAUGUACAGUCCAUACACACCGGACGGAAAUACAAUUAGGAUCCUUCUCAACCGCACCCUGCACUUGAUGGAGACUCGUGACGGCAUCAGCGACAUGACCUUCAACGAGGACCUGGUGACCUACCCCAAGCUCUCCUUCAUCUUCUCCGAAGAUCAUGACACGAAACGUGUGGUGGAUCUCAAGAGCGCUCACCAGCUGAUAGCAACUUACGGAAUCAAGGGCAACGUCGACGAGGUUGGCAGGAUCUUCAGGAACUUCGCACAAUGGGAUCUCAGUGAGGAAGACCUCAAGGAGGCCAUCAAGAAGGACAAGAUGCCCAUCAAGUUCCUCGAAGUAGUCUAUUCGUUCGUCCUCCUCGACUACAACCAGAUAGACGACUUUUACCACCGCUUCGUUGAGCCUGGCUCCAAGGAACACAAGGAGGCUUUCCUGAGCGUGCUCACGGCCGCCGGCACUAACCCGGCGUUCAUGUACGCCAAGCAUCUCAUUCAGAGCAAGAAGCUCGACGAGGAUUCCGCCUCCACGUUGCUCAUCAACAUUCCUCAACACAUCCGAGAACCCACGGAGAUCUUGUUCGACGAAUUCUACCGUCUCUGCGAAAGCAGCUACGUGAGGGAGACGUUCAGCCUGCGCUCGGCCUGCCUCAAAUCUCUCAGCAACCUGGUGUACGAUACCUGCAUCCUCAACUACCACAACACUUGGAACGAUGCCAAGGAGCAUGUCAUCUGCACGCCAGAAGUCGCCAUCAAAUACUACAACUACAUCGUGCCAGUGUACGACCGCGAAAUGAAAAUCUCCGAGAGAAUCCUGUACAUCAAGGUGGCCGGAAACUUUGCCGUCAAGGAGACUCUGCCUUACCUGGCGCACUACGCCCGAGACAAAAUCGAAGAGUACCCAGCUUACCUGAGAAUGAUCGCCAUCUGGUCCAUGAGCAAGGCUGCUUUUCUGUACCCGGAGAAGGUUCGUGAGAUCUUGUUGCCAAUCUACCGAAACUGGACCGAGACCCACGAGAUACGGCUGGCCGCCUUCUCGGUCAUCCUAAGAACCAAGCCCGACCUGUAUCUCUUGAAGUCCAUUGCCGCCGACUUGAUUGCAAACGAGCCCAACACACAGGUCAUCACAUACGUCUACACCUCAUUCAAAAGCUUCGCAGAGUCAGAGUAUCCGUGCCACUUCGACCUAGCCCAGCACCUUCGCUACGUGAUGCCCAUUAUUGAGGAAAGCGAAGUAAUCAAAGAUAUCAACGAAUGGACAUACUCGAAGCUCCUCAUGGACACCGGCUACGAGCCGGAGUAUGACUACGGUGGUUUCUCGAUGCUUUCGUACAUCAUGGCCAACGACAGCUACCUUCCGCGCUCGGUCCUGCUCAAGAUGAACGAUUACAGGAACAACUUCAACUACCACAGCUUCGAGAUGACCUUCGACACCUGGGGCCUCGACCACGUGCUGGACAAGAUCUACGGACCCCGGAUUACCGGCGACGUUCACCCCGAGCGCAGCCUGUGGAACUUCUUUGGACGCAAGCGGCCCACUCGCGACAUCUCGGUCAACAAGGAGGUCAAGGAGAUUGACCAAAACCUCCACAUUAAGACUCGUGACUAUGAAGAGGCAUUCGUGAACUUUAGGGUAACUGCCUUCAACAAUGAAAUUAUGGCCUUCAACUUCAACGAGACCACAUUCGCUUCGCUCUUCGCUGAAGGAAACGACCCGUUCUUGUGGACCAAGAACAUCGCCGGCGAGCUGAAGGACUUCAAGGCGCAGGAAUACAUGAUCGGCGAAGACAUGUCACUGUUCCUACCGACCGAGCUUGGCCUGCCUUUCUACCUGGAGCAGAAGCAACCCGCCUUCGUGAGCUACAAGAACAAGGACUUCAAGUUCGACGUCAAGGUUGCCCCAGACGGCAAAUACAUCGAGGAGAUCGGCGUAAAGAUGCACGGACACUUUCUGUACGAUUCGCACAUGAUUGAAACUGCGAGCAUCUUGCUUCCUUUCGAGAAGGUCAGCGUGGGAGUGGGCUACGACAGUCGAAGCGCUCUCUCGGUCCCGUUCAACUUCGAUGCUGGACUGAGCUUCACCGAACACAAGUUCAAGAUCCUCGCGCGCCCACAGACACCGCACGAAGUGUUCCACUAUGAGUUCAAGCCUUUCAGCUUCGUUGAGAGCUUCGAGAAUGCUCUGCCCGUCAUUCAUGAGGAUACAAAGGUCGACAUUUUCAUGCCCGAGGAUCUUCACAAGUUUGAGAAAGAGUACUUCCACGACAUGCUCGGCGUUGGUCUGAAAGUGGACGGGCACUACCUGGAGACCUACGACUUCUGGGGAUCAUGGAUGGACUUUUGGUACUUUGGUGACCUGCGUCAGAAGUACUACUACAUCACGGAGAACCCCAUGUGGCACCCAAGGAAGAUCGACGUGAUGCUUACUCCAGCCAACCGAGACAUCACAAACGAAAUCGAGCUGAAAUUCGGCUGGAAGUUCCUGACCCCCGAGACUCGCGGAAACCAGAUAUUCACUUCCAAGUAUGCCUCAGAAAUCGGAGACCCGGCCUUCUCGGUGCGCGACGAAGCUCGCUCCUACACGACCGUCAUCGACGGCGAACUGGUGCUGAGGGGUCAGCGAGAGCGCAAGAUUGUGUCGGAGCUGGUGUACAGCAGAACCAGGGACCUGCUGUCGCACAACAUCAACUUCAUCUACGACCGCACGCCGUUCGCCGUCGGCGAGACAGAUCCAGUCAAGAUUUGCUUCCACGGCAGCAUGAAGUUCCCGCCACCCGACUACGUCAAGAUAGGGACAUUGGAUCUCAUCUCCGACAGCCACGCAGUCAGUACAAACUUUAAACUCAACUUCGGCAAGGACUGCAAAUCUGAUCAGAAGAUCACAAUGCGAACCAUCUGGGAGCACACGGAGGAACAGAAGCACCUGCUGGCUACCCGCGACCACGAGGAGCCUGCCGGCAAGUUCCUGAAGAACCCGUACAGUGAUCUUUGGAAGGAGUGCUCGCACGACAAGUCCGAGGGCGUCCACUGGAGCAAGGCUUGCGACGAGUUCCUGUUCGACGCCAGCACACUCAAGAAAUUCACUGCCGACAUCGAGUUCGAGCACCUCUCCAGGGACUUCAUCAGAUACAUGCACGAGCUCAGGCGCCACGUGCGUUACAGCUACUUCCCAUGGUUGUACCAGCUGGAGGACUUCGACGUGACCAACCCCGAGGGCAAGAUGAAACUCAUCGGCAACGUCAGCGCUUUCCAUGACAUUUGGGACCUGCACAUCACCCUUCCCCACGAGAUCAUUAAGUACAAGCAAGCACCGCUGCCAUCCUGGUUGAUCACGCCCCGCUUCUACUCGCUCUUCGAGUACUCAAACCUCGAGCAGUACUCAUCUCUCUACAGGCACAGAUUCUGUGAUGUGCAAGGAACGACGAUAAAGACGUUCGACGAAGUCGUCUAUGAGCUGCCCGACACUGACUGCUACAAGGUUCUGGCCAAGGACUGUUCAGAAAACCAGCAUUUCCUUGUCCUUGGAGCCAAGACUAAGAACCCUAACUACCCCAAGGCCAUGCGCAUGUUCCUGCACACCUUCAAGAUCGAAGUGCUGCCAGUGUCGGAAGACAGCGUGCACAUCGUGCGAGUGAACGGGAAGAAGGUCCCCGUGACGCCGGACGAGCCUUUCCGGCAGUUCAUCAACACCGGAGUGCGUGACAUCGAGCUGUUCCGCAUCGAGACCUACGGGCAGCAGCCAAUCUACAAGAUCCUAUCGGAGAGCUUCGGCGUUCGCGUCUCUCACGAUGGCAAAGGCAUCUUUGUCCAGCUUGCUCCGUUCUACCGGGGCAAGGUGUGCGGUCUCUGCGGCGACUACAACUUCAACAAGUUCCGUGAGUUCAUCGGCCCGGACAAGUGCGUGCACCCAAACUCCACCACGUUCGGCAACAGCUACGUGAUCCCGUCUGACAACUGCAGGGCGCCCGAGUACCGAAACCCGUGUGCGUACAAUGCCGGAGAACAGUGCACCCUGAUGCGCACCGUGACCCGCGAGCGUGGCGAGGGCAAGGAACGCGAGGUGUGCUUCUCGCUCACCCCGCUGCCCAAGUGCUCGGACUCGUGCGUCGAGACGCGCCUCAUGAGCACGGAGAUGGGCUUUCACUGCCUGCCGGCCCGGGACGCCACCACCAUCCACCUCCUGCAGCAGGCCUCGGUGCGACCGCUGACCGAAUUCCGUCGCAAGCGGCAGUACCUCAAGACGACCGUCUACUUCCCGGAGAGCUGCUACCGGCCCUGAGACCCGCGCUUGCGUAGACACUACUUAGAGCUGAUUGCUGGCAAUCGUGUAGUUCUCUCUCUCUCUCUCUCUCUCUCUCUCUGCGCCUGUUUUUUUUUACUCGUGAUUUUUUAACCCAAACCUACUAGCUCUCAAGGAGAGAGGCACGUGGCCGCUUGUGAUUUUCAACCUUCCGGCCCUCUUGUGUUCUUUCGUCGAGCAUUGUUAGCGACAAAGCAGCGCUGUUUUUGCUAUAAGACCAGCGCCUUUGCUGGGGGCCCUUCGCCUGCGUUAGGAGACGACGAUUUAGUGAAAUAAAGGAGUUGUGAUUGCGAA